AUGGAGUCCUCCGAGGCGAGCUGGCACUACUCGUUCGAUCCGACAGUCGCCGUGGAGGACUCCGAGGCAAUGGCCCAGCUGCUCGGCGUCCAGUACUCCGCAGGCAACGAGCAGAAGCAGCCGACGCCGACGCCGACGGCCAUGUACUGGCCUGGCCAAGAAGCUGACCAAUAUUACAGCUCGGCGCCGUACCCGUACUACAUGCAGAUGCAGCAACCCAACUCGGUCGCAAGCUGCUACGACCAUGGUUACUAUGGCAGCAACACGUUCACGAUGACCGCCGGCGACUUCUUCGUGCCGGAGGAGCAGAUCAUGGCGGCGGACCCGAGCUUCAUGCUUGAUCUGAACCUCGACUUCGAGUACCAGGACGGCCAGGGGACCGGCCGCGGCGGCGGUGGCAACACGCCGGCGGUGUGCAAGAGGAAACUGGAGGAUCAGAAGGGCGAGAGCACCACGUGCACCGUUCCAAAGAAGAAAUCGCGAUCCACCGCAGUACCGGCGCCGAAGAAGGGCAAGAAGGCGCAGAAAGGCGCGUGCAACCGAGGCAACCAGGAGGAGAGCAACGGCGACGACGGCAAUGCUGCGCACCAGCAACAGUGCUCCAGCAACUACCUGUCUGACGACGACUCGCUGGAGAUGAUCGCGUGCAGCAACAUGAGCUCGGCGUCCAAGAAGUCGUCGUCGUCGGCUGGUGGGAAGGCCAGGGCCGGACGUGGGGCCGCCAUCGAUCCGCAAAGCCUCUACGCCAGGGUAGAUAUCAGCACGAUGCUUGAAGAAGCAGCUCAAUACGUCAAGUUCUUGCAGCUCCAGAUCAAGCUAUUGAGCUCGGAUGAUACGUGGAUGUUCGCUCCGAUCGCCUACAACGGGGUCAACGUUGGCCUCGACCUCAAGAUAUCUCCACCGCAACAAUGA